AACUUUCUUCUCGAACCUUCUGUUUAAUACCCGCUCACCCAUGGUGCACUGCGCCGCUACCUUUCUUCUCGGUUGUGCGGUGGUCCAAAAUGUCGCUAUAACGCUGUCGCUUUAAACUACUAGUGGAGGUCAGAGAUGGGACCAUGUCUGUGGUAAUUCUUGCCGCAGAGUUUCUAAAGAGUGCAGAUGAGCUGGUGAAGCAGAAGAUUCCCCCCACGUCAGUCAUCAGUGGAUAUCGUCUGGCUUGCAAGUAAGAUGCUAACAUGUAGAACAACUCGUACAUUAACGAGAAUCUCACUAUUGGAACAGAUGACUUGGGGAGAGAGUGCCUAAUCAAUGCAGCCAAGACCUCCAUGUCUUCCAAAAUCAUUGGAGUUGAUGCCGACUUCUUUGCUAACAUGGUGGUGGAUGCUGCCCUGGCUGUGAAAUUUGUGGACAGCAAGGAGGUAGUCAGAUAUCCCAUCAACUCUGUCAAUGUGCUGAAAGCUCACGGCCGCAGCCAGAGAGAGAGCUUCUUGGUUAAUGGCUAUGCACUGAACUGCACCGUUGGCUCACAAGGCAUGGUAAAGCGCGUUGUUAACGCCAAGAUUGCUUGCCUGGACUUCAGCCUGCAGAAAACCAAAACGAAGAUGGGAGUCCAAGUUAUUAUCAACGACCCAGAGAAGCUAGACCAGAUCAGGCAAAGGGAAUCUGAUAUCACCAAGGAGAGGAUCCCAAGGAUUUUGGCAGCAGGUGCCAAUGUUAUCCUGACCACUGGUGGCAUUGAUGACAUGUGUUUCAAGUACUUUGUGGAUGUAGGAGCCAUGGCAGUGAGAAGGGUUCUUAAGAGGGACCUCAAACGCAUCGCCAAGGCAACAGGAGGAUGCAGGUGCCAUACUCAGGUACAGUCACUGGAGUGUCCGUGUGAGGCAGCUUCACCCGGACUGUCUGAGGUAGAAGGCUCCAUCAAGAAUGUCCGAGUGAUGCAGGUGCCAUACUCAGGUACAGUCACUGGAGUGUCCGUGUGAGGCAGCUUCACCCGGACUGUCUGAGGUAGAAGGCUCCAUCAAGAAUGUCCGAGUGUGAGGACCGUCCAUUGCACCUGUCUGUGAGAUAGAGGCUCCAUCACGAAUGUCUGAGUGUGAGGACCGUCCAUUGCACCUGAG